CGCGGGGAGCCCUGGCAGCGAGGGAGCAGGGGCCCGUUCGGAGGAGCCCGCUCCUGGGCGGGCCCGCCCGAGGGGUGCCUGUGAUGCCGGGGGAGCCCCGCAGAGCGCCUGAGCCGAGCAGGGCUCCCGCCCGUCGGGGCUGAGCAGGGGGCGGAGGCGGGCUGCCGAGCUGCUGCCGUCACGCGCGCCUUUUCCCUCAGCCCUUCGCCGAGCAGCAGCGGCGGCCCCAGCCCGGCUCCCACGCCCUCCCCAGCCGGGUGGCGGGCGGCAGCGCCAUGCAGCCUCCACCUCCUCCUCCUCGCCGGCGCUGAGUCCAUGCCAUGCUGCUGCCGCCGCUCCUGCCGGCGCUGCUGGCCGCCUGCCUGCCCCCCUGCCAGGGCUGGAGCCCCGCCGCGGCCGGCGGGGGGCAGGAGGAGCCGGAGCUCUUGCUGCCCCCCAUCAACUCCUCCUCGCGCUCCCUGGCCAGCCUGGAGCGGGAGCUGCGCGGGGUGGGCGGGCAGGCUGAGGCGGGCAGCCCCAGCCGGGAGCCGCCUCCCGCCGCCGCCGGCCAGCAGCCGCCCCAGCCCCCCGAGGAGGCGCCCUGCAACAUCAGCGUGCAGCGGCAGAUGCUGAGCUCGCUGCUGGUGCGCUGGAGCCGCCCGCUGGGCAUCCCGUGCGACCUGCUGCUCUUCUCCACCAACGGCCACGGGCGGGCCUUCUUCUCCGCCGCCUUCCACCGCGUGGGGCCGCCGCUGCUCAUCGAGCACCUGGGGCUGGCGGCGGGGGGAGCCCAGCAGGACCUGCGCCUCUGCGUGGGCUGCAGCUGGGUGCGGGGGCGCAGGGUCGGGCGGCUCCGGGCGGCGGCCGCCGCCUCCUCCUCCUCCUCCUCGCUGUCCGAGCCCGGCCAGUACUGGCUGCAGGGGGAGCCGCUGAAUUUCUGCUGCCUGGAUUUCAGCCUGGAGGAGCUGAAGGGGGAGCCGGGCUGGCGGCUGAACCGCAAGCCCAUCGAGUCCACCCUGGUGGCUUGUUUCAUGACUCUCGUGAUCAUCGUGUGGAGCGUGGCCGCCCUCAUCUGGCCGGUGCCCAUCAUCGCCGGCUUCCUGCCCAACGGCAUGGAGCAGAGGAGAAGCACCGCGGUGGCUGCGGGCGCCACCGCCACCGCCGCCGGCAAAUAACCCCCCUCCCACCUCCUCCGUUUGCUGCGCGAUCCGCUCCCGCGGGGCUCCCGACACUGGGGCGGACGCUGGUGGACUCGCAUCCCCUCCCCGCGCGCUCUUUGUAAACGCUUAACCCUGGGUGGUGGUGACAGUCGUUGUUGUGGUGUGUGUGUGUGUGUGUGGGUGGAGCACUUUAAAGCCUUGCCCAAGUUUCUUGGUGUCCAGUGCAGGCGAGUGUGGCGGUCUGGGACCUGACGGUUUCUCUGCAAUGAAUCCUUCGCGGAGCAUUGCUCCCUCCUGCGUAGUCAGAGGGAUUGUAUUUUAUUUUCAUGUGCCCAAGAUUCAUAGCAGAAAACGACCAAAUCCUGUGUAUUUGUUUUCUAUAUUUAAUAGCCGUUUUAAAUGGACGUUUUAUUAAAAAAAACAAACCAAAAAAAAAACCAAAAAACCCUGUUCAAUUGCAGUUGUUUUAGUCAGAGUAGCUAUUUGUAUAUGAACAAAUUUGUCUUAGCAGUUUUAUUUACAUCAGAAGAAUCUUUUCUGGCAGGAUUUAAAACUGAUAUAUUGUUAUUGCUGAAACUGAACUUUAAUGAAACUUUUACAGUGUAUUUCCCAUUUCAGAUAAUGUGUAUUUAAUAUUGUAGUUCUGCGUUACUUGGCUUUUAAUACAGAGAUUUUCUUUCUGGAA